ACAUUCAUCACCCACACACAUACUGAAACACACCCAUUUGUGCUGAUCCUUAUAACUCAGUCACUACCAAUGGGAUCUCCUUCAUGGGCUUCAUAUGCAGCGGCAUGGCUGGCAACCUUAGCCCUCUUCCUCCUCUCCCGCCACCUCCGCCGCCGCAAAGCAAACUUGCCGCCAGGCCCAAAACCAUGGCCGGUCAUCGGAAAUCUAAACCUCAUUGGCUCACUCCCCCACCGAUCCAUCCACGCGCUGUCCCAAAAAUACGGCCCCAUUAUGCAUCUCCGGUUCGGUUCAUUCCCCGUCGUCGUCGGGUCCUCCGUGGAAAUGGCCAAGGCCUUCCUCAAAACCCACGACGUCACCUUCGCCAACCGCCCCAAAAUCGCCGCCGGAAAGUACACCACCUACAACUACUCCGACAUCACGUGGUCCCCUUACGGGCCAUACUGGCGGCAGGCGCGCAAGAUGUGUUUGAUGGAACUCUUCAGCGUAAAACGGUUAGAGUCGUACGAGUACAUACGCAGGGAGGAGAUGAACGCGUUGCUGAGAGGGCUGUACGAGUCGAAGAACACGGCGGUGACCUUGAAAGACCACCUUUCGACGGUGAGCCUGAACGUGAUAAGCCGGAUGGUGCUCGGAAAGAAGUACACCGACGAAUCGGAGGCGUCGAUUGUGAGCCCGGAGGAGUUCAAGAAGAUGUUGGACGAGCUUUUCUUGCUGAGCGGGGUGCUGAAUAUUGGGGAUUCCAUACCUUGGAUCAAUUUCUUGGACUUGCAGGGGUAUAUUAAGAGAAUGAAGGCGUUGAGCAAGAAGUUUGAUAGAUUCUUGGAGCAUGUUUUGGAUGAACAUAUAGCAAACAGGAAAGAAGCCAAGGAUGAUUCUGCAAAGGACAUGGUCGAUUUGCUGUUGGACCUUGCUGAUGAUCCUACUCUCGAUGUUAAGCUGGAAAGACAUGGCGUCAAGGCUUUUACCCAGGAUUUGAUAGCUGGUGGAACUGAGAGCUCGGCUGUUACUGUGGAAUGGGCAAUCUCUGAGCUCCUAAAAAAGCCAGAGGUUUUCAAGAAGGCUGCAGAAGAGCUGGACAGGGUAAUUGGAAGAGAUAGAUGGGUUGAAGAGAAGGACAUUGUCAAUCUACCAUACGUUGAUGCAAUUGUCAAGGAAACAAUGCGGCUGCACCCGGUGGCACCGAUGUUGGUGCCUCGGCUAUCCCGCGAAGACUGCCAGAUUGCUGGCUAUGACAUUCUCAAAGGGACACGGGUGCUUGUAAACGUGUGGACCAUUGGAAGGGAUCCAGAAUUGUGGGAAAACCCUGAUGAGUUUUGCCCUGAGAGGUUCUUCGGGAAGGCCAUUGAUGUCAAAGGGCAUGAUUAUGAGUUGCUGCCUUUCGGCUCCGGGAGAAGGAUGUGCCCGGGUUACAGCCUCGGCCUGAAGGUGAUUCAGUCGAGCUUGGCUAAUCUCUUGCAUGGAUUUACCUGGAAAUUGCCAGGGAACAUGGAGAAGGAAGGGUUGGACAUGGAGGAAAUUUUUGGGCUUUCAACUCCUAAGAAAAUCCCACUUGUUGCUGCUGUGGAGCCAAGGCUUCCACAACAUGUUUACUCCCUCUGAUUUUGGCUUAAGUCACUCCAAUAAGUAUUUUCAGACUGUCUUAGCGCUGCUGUUAUAAUGCUACCUCUACUCCAUGUGCUUCUUAAUUUGCUAGCUAUAAUGUUAAUGGGGUUAUUAAUGUGAUCUAUGUUUGUAUGUCU